GCCCCGAACGCGUGGAUCUUCGUGUCGAGUCGACCGCUGCUGGCAGACGUUGACGCCAACCAAAACAAAACAAACGUUCGGCAGUUCAACUUGGCCGGGAGAUUUACUUCUCAGCUAUAAUUGUAGAAAUAUAGGCAGUGACGAGCCGGAAGGGCUAAAUACCGACGGAGUAUUGAUCCGAGGAGCGUAGGAGAACAUGGCGAAGCAUCACCCUGACCUGAUUUUCUGUCGCAAGCAACCUGGCGUUGCCAUCGGGCGUCUGUGCGAGAAGUGUGACGGCAAGUGUGUGAUCUGCGACUCGUAUGUGAGGCCGUGUACGCUCGUGAGGAUCUGUGACGAGUGCAAUUACGGGUCCUAUCAGGGAAGAUGUGUCAUCUGUGGAGGCCCCGGUGUAUCUGAUGCUUAUUACUGCAAGGAGUGCACAGUUUUAGAGAAAGACAGAGAUGGAUGCCCCAAAAUUGUUAACCUGGGAUCUUCAAAGACAGAUCUGUUCUAUGAGAGAAAGAAGUAUGGAUUCAAGAAAAGAUGAAUGUAUUUUUGUAUAAUGUACCUAACCUUUUCCUUCUUUGUAUUUUUCACUGCAAGAUAUAGGAAGUCUUUUCCAUUUUAUACAAGUACAAUAAGCAUGUUUUGACACCUCUGAUGAAUUUAUGAUUAUAAUAAAAAAAUUAAAGUAA